GCGGCGGCGCUCCCGCCCCGCGAGCAUGGGGCGUCCGGCGCCGAGGCCGCUGCUGCUGGCGCUCCUGUGGCUGGCUGUGUGUCGAGGUCGAGUGGUACAAGUCCCCGCGGGGGCCCUGGUCCGAGUGGUGGGCACUGAGCUGGUCAUCCCCUGCAACGUCAGCGACUAUGAUGGCCCCAGUGAGCAGAACUUUGACUGGAGCUUCUCGUCCCCUGGCGGCAGCGGCGGCUUCGUGGAGCUGGCCAGCACGUGGGAGGCGGGCUUCCCCGCACAGCCCUACCGGGAGCGGCUGCGGACUGGCCAGGUGGUGCUGAGGAGGACGGCCAACGACGCUGUGGAGCUGCACAUCAAGAACGUCCAGCCAUCAGACCAGGGCCUGUACAAGUGUUCCACGCCCAGCACGGACGCCACAGUCCAGGGCAACUAUGAGGACACGGUGCAGGUUAAAGUGCUGGCUGACGCCCUGAGGGUGGGCCCCACGGAGCGGCCCGCGCCCAGCUUGAGCCUGCGGGAGGGAGAGCCCGUGGAGCUGCGGUGCGCGGCCUCCUCGUCCCCGACCCCAGCGCCUGAGGCCUCACCUUCGCCCGCGCCCGUGCCGCCCGCGCCGCACACGCACCUGGCGCUGCGCUGGGAGCUGCGGCGCGGGCCCGAGCGCCGGACAGUGCUGGCGCUCACGCACCUGGGCCGGCUGCGCGCGGGCCCCGGCUACGAGCAGCGGUACCGCGUGGGCGCCGUGCGCCUGGGCACCGACGGCGCCGACGGCUUCCGCCUGGCGCUGGACCCCGCGCUGGCCGCCGACCAGGGCGCCUACUGGUGUGUGGUGGGCGAGUGGAUCGCCGAGCGUGGCGCCUGGCAGGAGAUCCAGGAAAAGGCGGUGGAGGUGGCGGCCGUGGUGAUUCGGCCCACAGUGCUGCGUGCUGCCGUGGCCCGGAACGUGUCAGUGGCCGAGGGGACGGACCUGGACCUGGCCUGCAACAUCAGCACGGACCGCGCCGACGACGUGCGCCCCGAGGUGGCCUGGUACUUCAGCCGCUCGCCCGAUGGCGCCCUGCCCGCCUCCCGCAUGCUGGCCCAGCUGGACCGCACCUCCCUAGUGCACAGCGCACCUGGCGUGGCUCUGAGUCACACGGACAUGCGGUCCUACCAUCUCCUCGUGCGGGAUGUGAGCAGGGACAGUGCCGGCUACUACUUCUGCCAGGUGGCGCUCUGGACCCUGGGACACAACCGGAGCUGGCACAAGGUGGCGGAGGCCAGGUCUGCGCCGGCCAGUGUGGACGUCACAUGGCUGGAGCCAGACUUCCAGGUGUUCCUGAACGCCUCCCGCAUGCCUGCGUUUGCAGACGACCCAACAGAACUGGAGUGCCGGGUGGUGGAUGUGCGGCCCGCGGAGGCCCGCGUGCGGCUGGCAGUGUCGUGGUACUACCGGCUGAGCCGGCGCAGUGACGAUGCGGUAGCCAGCGAGCUCCUGGCCGUCAUGGACGGGGACUGGACACUGCGGUAUGGAGAGAGAAGCAAGCGCCGGGCCCGGGACGGCGAGUUUAUUUUUUCAAAGGAGCACACGGACACGUUCAGUUUCCGGAUCCAAAGGACAACGGAGGGCGACAGGGGCAAUUAUUUCUGCGUUGUGUCUGCCUGGACCCGGCAGCCCAACAACAGUUGGGUGAAGAGCAAAGAUGUCUUCUCCAAACCUGUCAGCAUUUUCUGGGCGGCAGAAGAUUCUGUGCUGGUGGUGAAGGCCCAGCAGCCCAAGCCCCUGUUCGCAGCAGGGAGCACGUUUGAGAUGACCUGCAAGGUGUCCUCCCGGAACAUGAAGUCCCCCCGCUACUCAGUGGCCAUCACAGCAGAGAAGACGGCCACAGCCGGCCCGGGACCCAAUGAGACCCGGUGCAUGGUCUCCCUGGACCAGGAUGCGGUGGUGAGGCCAGGGAACUGGACAGAUGCCGCACGGGCACAGGGCGUGGUGCUGGAGAAGGUACAGGAAGACGAGUUUCGCUACCGAAUGUACCAGACUCAGGUGUCGGAUGCCGGGCUGUACCGCUGCGUGGUGACUGCCUGGGCGCCGGUCGGGGGCAGCCUGUGGCGGGAGGCGGCCACUAGCCGCUCCAACCCCAUCGAGAUCGACUUCCAGACCUCAGGUCCAGUGUUCAACGCCUCUGUGCACUCAGACACACCCUCUGUCACCCGUGGCCAGCCUAUCAAGGUCUUCUGCAUCCUGACCGUGGAGGGCGCCAUGCUGGACCCAGACUCCAUGGCCUUCGACGUGGUCUGGUUUGCCGUACACUCCUUUGGUCUGGACGAGGACCCGGUGCUGUUGUCCACGCUGGACCGUAAGGGGAUUGUCACCACAGCUCCACGCCACGGGAAGAGUGGCCUGAGCCUGGAGCGCGUGGGUGCGCUGGAGUUCCUAUUACAGGUGCAUGACUCCGAGGACCACGACUUCGGCAACUACUUUUGUGCCGUGACACCAUGGGUGAAGUCACCGACAGGUUCCUGGCAGAAGGAGGCAGAGAUUCACUCCAAGCCUGUCUUCAUAACCGUGAAGAUGGACGUGCUGACUGCCUUCAAGUACCCGCUCCUCAUCGGCGUGGGGCUGUCCACCGUGGUCGGCCUCCUGUCCUGCCUCAUCGGCUACUGCAGCGCCCACUGGUGUUGCAGGAAGGAAGUGCAGGAGACGCGGCGGGAGCGUCGUCGACUCAUGUCCAUGGAAAUGGAUUAGAUGCCCAGAUGGAGCCUUCCAGAACAUUCCAGGGACAGUGGGGUGAGAAGAUGGACUAGACGCCCAGCCAGAGCCUUCCAGAAUGUUCCAGGACAGUAGGGUGAGGCGAUGGACUGAACGC